GAGGGGAAGGGAGAAUGUGUCAAGGCGAAAAAUUGAAAGGUUUUCGUAUUUUUCAAAGAUUGACUAAUUAACACUUACAUGUAAGCACAUCGAAAGAAAAUUACAUAAGGUAAUGACAAUCAGUUAACUCAACAUAAAAAAUUACACUACGAUCUUACAAAUUCUCGCAUAACAAAACGUGCACUGUCACGACCCCUCAAAGAAGGGAAGCAACACACAUGGUCAAAACAACAUGGCAGACGAAACGACUGAAUUUCAUCUAAGUUGUGUUUACUGUGAAGCAAAAGAUUUUAACACUGGUAGAUGCCGAAUUGCACCAAGGAUAAUUGAAACAAUUGGCGGAAAGAUCAAUUCGCCGGUUCGACUGACAGUUGACUCUGGAUUUGUAUUUUGUUCCUUGUGGCCAAGAACUAAUGGAAACGACAAUGUUAUUCAAUAUGAUUCGCUUGUCACCCUUCCGAACAACGCGAAUACGUGCAAGAUGAACAAUACUUGUUACAAGAAGAACAUAUCAGAAAAGAAUAUUGUUAUCGUUGAGCCUGUGGAUGCAAAAACCGUUGUUGUGUCUCUAUUUUUUCGCAAAGGAGCUGAAGAUUUUGAUCACAACUUGACUGAAGUUGCACGAGAAAUGAAGAGAGAAAGAGUUUCUGGCUAUUUAUUAAGAGGCUGUAUCAUUAUGCAGGGAUGUGUUAUUCAGCCGAAGGAGCUUAGAAACAAUCACAGUUCAUCUAAAAGAAUCGCAAAGAUUUUGAUACUCUCCACAGAACCCUCGACCCAGUACCUAGAGGAUAACCCAGUGAAGGUCACUGAUAAAACAAAAAUUAUUGUUCAGUCAGUCAGCAGGGAAUGUGAGCUUGAAAACAAGAACAAUGAGGUCCUAGCAGGUCUUGAUGAUACAGUGAGGGAACUUCAAGAAGUGUUAAGCUAUCCUUUUCAGUAUCCAAAGUGCUUUGGUCAUUUAGGACUUGAGUGCCCCAAGGGAAUUUUACUGCAAGGAGCUCCAGGGGUUGGGAAGACUCUCCUUGUUAAGAGUGUAACUUCACAGUGCAGAGCACAGUUAAUAACACUGAAUGGCACAGAUGUGUUUGGGCCACAUCCAGGAGAGAGUGAAGAAAAUUUGAGGAAAACUUUUGAGAUUGCAAGGAAUGCUUCACAGCAUGGUCCAUGUGUUUUAUUCAUUGAUGAACUUGAUGCUCUGUGUCCAAAGAGAGGAAGCAGUGGAAAUGAUGAAGAAAAUAGAAUUGUUGCCCAGCUUCUUACUCUUCUUGAUGGUUUGGAAUCUCGAGGUCAACUCGUCAUCAUUGGAGCAACAAACAGACCAAAUGCUAUUGACCCUGCACUGCGAAGACCAGGCAGACUGGAUAGAGAGGUUGUGAUUGGAGUGCCAAAUGCUAUGCAGAGAUUGUCUAUCCUAAAAGCGCACAUGCAAUCCCUGAAAUUGUCAGAUGACGUUGAUCUAGCACAUGUCGCUGAACUGACAUUAGGUUAUGUUGGUGCUGAUAUAGCCUCUUUAUGCAGGGAAGCAGCAUUUGUGGCCUUGAAAAGAAUGAUAAAUCACAGCAACAAUGGGAACCGCGACAGUUUAAGUGUGCAAGAAACUUUGAAAGAUAAUGAAGAUAACGUUGGUGAAAUAACCAUGGCAGAUUUCCAGCUAGCACUGUGCCACAUUGUGCCAUCUAUGUACCGAGGUUUGGAAGGAAUGGUUGAAUGGAAUCCUGUGAGCUGGGAAGAUAUCGCGGGACUACAAGAUGUGAAACAAGCUCUGAAGCAGGCAAUUGAAUGGCCUCUCAAACAUCCAGAAUCGUUUGCGCGUCUUGGCCUUAAACGCCCCAGGGGCGUUCUCCUGUAUGGCCCUCCGGGAUGCUGUAAAACGACCCUAGUGCGUGCGGCAGCCACCUCCUGUAAGUGCACCUUUUUGGCCCUCAGUUGUGCACAGUUGUACUCGCCAUAUGUUGGAGACGCGGAGCGCAGAAUAAGAGAGGUGUUUACCAAGGCUCGCGCAACAGCUCCGUCCAUUUUGUUCCUUGAUGAACUGGAGGCCCUGGUCGGCAAACGGUCUGGGACGAGCGGUACUGGGGUGGAGGCGAGGUUACUGUCAACUCUGCUAAACGAAAUGGAUGGUGUUGGAACAUUGGCGAAUAUCUACCAGUCAGCGGAAAGAAACACCAAACCUUCAGAACAAGGAAAUAAUGGAGAACAGUUGAUGAGAACUGAUUGCGGGGCGACACACUUGGAAAAUGAAGAGUUUUCGGUUAAUACGCAGAGGUUAAAAGUCAUUAGCUCCUUAACUGUGAAAGCUGUUCUCAUUGUCGCAGCCACCAAUCGGCUUGAUGCUAUUGACGAGGCCCUUCUGAGACCGGGCCGUAUCGAUCGCAUCAUUUAUGUACCUCCUCCAGACGUUGAGGCUCGGUUGCAAAUCCUGAGAGUACACACUCGUGCCAGUCCCUUGGCAGAUGAUGUAGAUUUGGAGGAGACUGCUUUGAACACGGAGUUGUUCUCAGGCGCUGACCUUGAAAACUUGUGUAGAGAGGCCGCACUGUGUGCUCUUGAAGAUGGAGGCAUGUCGGUUGGUAGAGUGGAACAUAAACAUUUCAUGGCCGCCCUGUCGACAGUAAACCCUUCUCUAACAACGGCACAACUAGAAAAAUUUAAACUCAUGCAAAGGUGAAAUCUCGGUUUCCUUACGUACAAACUAAGCUAUGCUAAACUUCUGUUGACCAGAGUUAAAUAAACGAGUAACGAGUUUUGAAUUCCGUUUUAAUGUCGUCUAAAAGUAAUUUUUUUUUAACAUAAAUAUUGAAUUUCCAUUGUCGUCAUUUUGAUGUAGAACAAAUAUGAUAUGAAAAAAAAACUGAAUCAGACUUGAAAAAAUUGUCGUGAAAUCAACCUUCUGAAGUAUUCAGUCUGCCAGCUUAAGGUAUACGUCAAAAUAUUUUAGAAAUAAAAUUUUAGGGUUGUGAAU